AUGCACAUCAUCAGCAUGCUCCUCUUACCGGCGCUGCUCUGCGUCCUCCGCGGAGUCUCAGCGGGGGACCCCGUUCCCACCUUUGUGCACCGGGACACGCGCACCGGGGAAACCCUGACCUGUAACAAGUGUCCACCCGGCGAGUACAUGUCUGCGUACUGCACCGCCACGACGCCCACACAGUGCGCACCGUGCAGAAACCAGCACUUCACCGAGCUGUGGAACUACCUCCCCAGGUGUCUGUACUGCUACACCUUCUGCAGUGAGAACCAGGAGGUGGAGACGGAGUGCACGGCGACCACCAAUAGAGUCUGUCGCUGCAAACAGGGCUUCUACGCUACCGGGGACUUCUGCAUGAGACACUCAGAGUGUGGGCCCGGACACGGUGUCAAAACCAACGGUACGUUAACAAUGAACACUGUUUGUGAAAAGUGUGCCGAUGGCUACUUCUCCACCUCAUCUUCUGCGGUGGAUCAGUGCGUCAAACACCAGGGAUGCGCAACCGGACAGAUUGCGCUCCUCCCCGGCUCAAUUUACCAGGACACAAUGUGUGGCUCUUGCGAGGAUCUUGCAAAUGUUGACACACUCAGGGCUUUCUUCCAGGAAUUCUUCAGUAUGAACAAGUUACGUCCGGGGAGAAUGAAGCUAUUUCUUACCAGGUACAUUCAAAAGGCAGAUGACGUCACUCUCCCCGGACAGAGAGGACCUGUCCUGGAUCAAAUCAGAGCGUGGUUGGCGCAGGCUACAGUGGAGCAGCUGAAAUCAAUGCCACAGAUGCUGACAGAUUCCAAGCUCUGCGUCAUGAGAGAAAAACUGGAGAAGAUAGUCAGUGACAUAAAGCAGCAGAGCCCAAGCUGUACCGUACCAUUCUUAUAAUUACAUGUAGACUGACACAGUCCAUGGUACAUACAGUAUAGAUAACAUAUACCUCUGACCAUUUGAAAACAAGUAUUUUAAUAUAUGUGUUCCAUUUACAUAAGUAAGUUGAGAGUGUAAGCUUUGCAUCAAAGACUUGUUGAUAUUUCAAAGAUGUUUGUGAAUUUUAAACUCAGAUCAGACUAUUUAUAAGAAAGAAAAAGUGACUGAAAGUAACUGUUCAAACUUAGUGUUAAACACCAUUUUGUGGAAUUACUCAGGGAUGUGAUAGAUAUUAUAGAAACUUAUGCUUCAAAUUGAGCCAUAACUAAAAUAAAUGUUAUUAUAGAGAUGUAUGAAAUCCUGUAAGUUGUGUGAAAACUUUGUCACGUGCAGCAGCUAAAUAAAGAAGUAAUAGUG